AUGAGUACAUGUUUAAAUCAUUGUAGGUGGUGUCGCUCCUGUAAUCGAAUGAGCACCCAACCGUGGGUUGAAAAGUACCGACCGCUGUGCUUCAGUGAAGUCGUUGGCAACGAGAAAUCAAUCUCGUUGCUAUCCAAUCUCGCGACCAAGGGACUUUCGAUUCCCAAUCUGCUGAUAUGUGGCCCGUCCGGUUGCGGGAAGACGGCCUGUGUUGAUAUCUUGUGCAAAGCGAUGAUCCCAGAAAACCGUGGUGCCAGAAUACUUCGUCUCAGUUCGUUCGACGAGAGGGGCAUCGACAACGUGAGGACGACCGUCAAGAACUUCGCGCGAGGGAGGGUCGGCACGGAAGCAACCCCCGCAAUUGCGAAGAUUGUCGUCCUCGACGAGGCGGACUCCAUGACACCUGGGGCUUUUCAGGCACUGCGACGGAUCAUGGAUGUUUACUCGAGCACGACGCGGUUCAUCAUAGUCUGCAACAACUCCACCAAAAUCAUCGAACCGAUUCAGAGCAGAUGUGCGAUACUGAGGUUUUCGAAAGUUGAGGACGCUCAGCUUUGUUUGAGAGUUCGUCAGGUUUGUGACAUGGCCGGCGUCGAGUACGACCUCGGUGGCAUCGGAGCUCUGGCGUGCGUUGCGGACGGAGACUUGAGGUCUGCGAUCAACAGCCUAUCUUCGAUUGUCUCCGGGUUUCGCAGACUAACAUCGGAAAACGUAUACCGAACAUGUCGCUCUCCGCAGCCGGCAAAGAUCGUAGAAAUUGUCGACCUCCUCCGGAACAGAGGGGGGUAUGUCGAGGCAUGUAAGAAGCUGAGGGGGCUAUGUGGCAAAGGAGGCGAGGGAUACUCGCCGAUGGACAUCCUUGCAAGCUUUUUCCGAGCGUUGUCGGUGCUGGACGUCCGAGAAUCGCAGCGUAUCGAGAUUGCCAAGGUCAUCGGAUUGGUGCAGAACAGGGUGGCGAGCGGUGCGUCGUCGUACCUUCAGCUCGCGGCAAUGUUGUGGAGCAUCGCCGAAACGUUCGACUGA